GCGCAUGCGCGGAACAGAGGCAAACUUUGACCUGGCAGAUCAAAAUAAGAGAGGGAAUAUCUGGUCAGUAGCAUUAGCAUUAGCUGUGGAACGAAGAUGUAUAAAUAUUUAUUGGUUUAAUAAACUGACAAGAGCUGUGACACUGGGAAGAUUUCAUAAGUACCAAGUUGUUGGACAAAGCACGCCAUGCCUAUCUAUCUCCUCACCUCUGCUGGGGAUUCCAGGACUCAGGUUCCCCCGCACAUGCAGCGAAUUGCCGUCCGGAGCCUGGACCUUGGCUCGUCCUGCCUGGAUAAGUUCGUGAAGGGGAAGGUUGUCCUGAAGGGACCCCUGGUGAGCGUGAAUAACGGCGAAUUCGUCCUGAAGACUGUCAUACAAGAGCUGGAGCAUCAGCAGAACCUGCCUCCUGGUUUGUCCUCCAUCGGUGCCGUUUUGUUCAACAAGCUGGCCAAGGAUUUCUCCGAGGCUGUCAAUACAGAGGACGUGGUGCUGAUGACUGGCUUCACGCUGGCCCGUUCGCCUACAGCUCACAAAGACGGCCUUCACUCCUGUAACCUGCAGCUGGGCGGGGCCGCAGAUGGGGGCGGGGCCACAUAUUUUGAAGAUUACUGCUCAUUCCUGAAGAUCACGGACCCGUCCAACGUGAAGGUCAGCUGCACUGUAUUCCAGGAGGAGCUGCAUAACCAUCCACAAGUUUUCCGAACUGGAGAUAUUGUUCGCCUCCACCGUGUGAAGGCUCAGGCUUUCCGGGGCUCCAUUAUCGUGACGACGACCCACUGCUUCUCCACCGUGGUGUUCGAUGGCACCGUGGGCAGCCCAGUGGUUCCCCGCACUUCCAGCAGGAAGCUCCACUUCACGGCGGAGGACGAGCAGACGGUGGAGCGUCUGCGCAGAUGGGCCUUGGAGCAGACUGCGCUGCUGGGUGCCGCCACUGUGAGGCUCGCCAACGUGGAGCCGCGGAUGUACUUCGACUUCACGUGCCAGCUGCUGGCCAAGGCUGAGAUGGACAGAAACUGCACGCUGUUGAAGGUCUGGGAUGGGACCGAGUGCCCCCACCCCCUGCUGGAUGUGUCUGUGGAGCCUGAGGCCCAGCAGGGAAGCAUGGCCGUCCCCGAAUGCAGGAGGAACCUUGUGGCCAGCGUUCUGGUGUAUGACGACCACGUCAAGAUGACCCAGGAUUUAAAGCCCGGGACCUACCUGCGCAUCUACAAUCUGCAUGCGGUGCUUCAGACCACAUCUGCAGCGUCCCCUAGUGGCAAGUCAGACCAGCUGUGCUUACACCUGCACGGGGGCACCUCAUACGGCCGGGGCUUGCGGAUCCUGCCCAAAGACAGCCCGGAUCUGCAGGAGCUCCAGUGUGCUCUGGAGUCGCUCUCCGCCUCGUCGUAUGACAUUGCGGACGCCUCCCUUUUGGAUGUGUGGGCUACGCCCCCGGAGUCUUUGGAAGAAACAUCCUGUGGUGCAGAACGCACAUGUGAGCACGCCUUGGAGCAGGUGCUGCUGUCCUCCGUGAGGAAGUCCACCCCUCCCAGGAUGUUUCAUGUGAGAGCUCAGCUCAAGACCUUCCAGCCGCAGAGACUCUACCAGUGUCUGAAGCUCCACUGCCCCCAGUGCAGAGCCCUACAGGACAUCCCAGACGAGGAGGCCAUAGCCGACGUCCUCCGCAGGGCUGUCGGCACCACCGCCUUCAGCAGCGAGCCGUGGCUCUUAACCGGUUUCCUGGAGUCGACAGAGCCGGGCCGCGACAUGGCUGUGCACCUCCCCAGCAGCUCCCACAACGACCAGACCAGCUUCAUCUUCCUGGAAGGAGCGGCGCUGGAGGAGGUGUGUCAGAUUUCAGAGAGCAGGGCCGUCGUCCCCGUGAGGUCGCAUGAUGGCAAGAUGGCCUUCCUGGACUUCUCAGUACCUGUCGUCUUCCGCGGUUCGGCGCGGCAUUAUGGGUGCAGAAACUGCUCGCGCUCGGAAUGCCGGCAGCCCCUUUCCAUGGAUGUUCAGGAGUGGGAUGAGAACAGGGUGGCUGAGGCUCUCGGAGUCCAGCUGCUCCAGUACGUGCUGCUGAUGAAGCUGGAGUUGGAGGACGGCACAGACUCCCUGCAAGCCCUGCUGUGGCAGGACGCGGAGACCUUCUUCGGUGUUUCUGCCCACAACGCCGCGACCGACCAGCAGUUGCAGGAUAGAAUACAAGGCACCAUGGACAGACUCUGCCCACCAGAGGGCACUAUGGCAACACGACCCUGGCUGAACCUGUGUCUGGCGGCCUACUCUGUAGAGGACACGGACCGCAGUACCGUCUGCUACCAGGUGCUGAACACCAAGGCCGUGUGCCCGGAUUAACAGGCGGAUCUCACUUCCGGAACGUCUCAGAACAGAGUCUUCUCUCGGGGUUCUGUGCUGCUUGGUAUUUUCUUGUCCUGGAACAGAUAUUUAUUUUGUUAAUAAAACAGAAAUUACAGUUUUUCUGUUAA